CUCUCUAAAUCACAGCUGCGCAUCUAUCGGUCCGAUUCGGUCCCAAUUGCCGCAAUUCCCUCCUCCCAAAGGGUUCCAACGCCGGAAUUGCAUUUGGACACCCCUCGCAAAUCCAGGGCGAACUGUAGGAGACCUCCAAGGAUCCUCACGUUUUCGUUAUUUAAUGCCGUAUCUUGUCGUUUCAUUCCUGCGAGAAAGAGAGCAGCGGAGAACAAGAAAUAGUCGGAAAGCGGAGGUCCUGGCGAAAAGGGUGCUUUGGCGGUGAUCGAGGCCGCGGAAGCGAAAAAGAUCUCUUCUUUUCCAAGGCUGAGCCCUUUCCCACUCUCGAGCUAUCGGCACUGCCGCCGCAAGAAGAGAGGGAGGGGGGUUGAUCGAAUCCUAGGAGGUGGGGAGGUGGAGAAGUAGAUAUUGGUGGAGAAAUAAGGGAUCUGAAAACAAAACAAGGAGAAAAAAUCGAUCUUUUCUUGGAUCUUGGGACUACGGAGAUCUUGUUUUCGUUCUCUGUUUCGUUUUUUUUUUUAGUUUGGAUGGUGUGGGAGGAGGGCGGAUUGAGAAGGUUGCUGGGAUCUUGACCUGUUGGAUCCCGAAAUGGCUGCUACAGUCCAUAUUGAAGUAGGAUCCCAGGUUUGGGUAGAGGAUCCAGAUAUAGCUUGGAUAGAUGGGGAGGUCGUUGAGGUCCAUGGUGACCGGAUUAAGGUCAACUGUACUUCCGGAAAGAUGGUCACUGCAAAAGUGUCCAGUGUCUAUCCCAAGGACGCUGAAGCAUCCCCUUGCGGUGUUGAUGACAUGACCAAACUGGCUUACUUGCAUGAACCAGGAGUUCUCCAGAACUUGAAAUCAAGAUACGAUAUGAAUGAAAUCUAUACUUACACUGGAAACAUAUUGAUUGCUGUGAACCCUUUUCGAAGACUUCCUCAUCUUUAUGACAGCCAUAUGAUGGAACAAUAUAAAGGGGCAGCAUUUGGUGAGCUAAGCCCCCAUCCUUUUGCUGUUGCAGAUGCUGCAUAUAGACUUAUGAUGAAUGAGGGAGUAAGCCAAUCAAUUUUAGUAAGUGGAGAAAGUGGGGCUGGUAAAACAGAAAGCACCAAAUUGCUUAUGCGUUAUCUUGCUUAUAUGGGAGGUAGAGCUGCAGCUGAAGGCCGGACUGUGGAGCAGCAAGUUCUGGAGUCCAAUCCUGUCCUCGAAGCAUUUGGCAAUGCAAAGACUGUGAGAAACAAUAACUCAAGUCGCUUUGGCAAAUUUGUUGAGAUUCAAUUUGAUCAGGGGGGUAGGAUUUCAGGAGCUGCUAUCAGGACAUACCUGCUUGAAAGAUCUCGUGUCUGUCAAAUAUCUGAUCCUGAAAGAAAUUACCACUGUUUUUACAUGCUUUGUUCUGCUCCACCAGAGGACAUUGAGAGGUAUAAAUUGGAAAAUCCCAGAACAUUUCAUUAUCUUAAACAGUCUAACUGCUUUGAGCUUGAUGGGGUAGAUGAUUCUAAGGAAUAUCUGGCAACUAGGAGGGCUAUGGAUGUUGUUGGAAUUAGUUCUGAUGAACAGGAUGCAAUAUUCCGGGUUGUAGCUGCUAUUCUUCAUCUAGGCAAUGUUGAAUUCUCCGAAGGAAAAGAAACAGAUUCAUCUGUACCUAAAGAUGAAAAGUCCUGGUUCCACCUAAGAACUGCUGCUGAGCUUUUUAUGUGCGAUGUAAAGGCUCUUGAGGAUUCAUUGUGUAAGCGUAUCAUUGUAACUCGUGAUGAGAGCAUUACAAAAAGUCUAGAUCCAGAAGCUGCAGCUCUUAGCAGAGAUGCCUUGGCAAAGAUUGUUUACUCACGGUUAUUUGAUUGGAUUGUGAAUAAAAUUAACAACUCAAUUGGUCAAGAUCCUAACUCAAAGUCCCUGAUUGGAGUGCUAGAUAUUUAUGGCUUUGAAAGUUUCAAGACAAACAGCUUUGAGCAAUUUUGUAUCAAUCUCACAAAUGAAAAACUGCAGCAACAUUUUAAUCAGCAUGUUUUUAAAAUGGAGCAGGAAGAAUAUACAAAAGAAGAAAUCAACUGGAGUUAUAUUGAGUUCAUAGACAACCAAGAUGUUCUUGAUCUUAUUGAGAAGAAACCUGGCGGGAUCAUUGCUCUUCUGGAUGAAGCUUGCAUGUUGCCAAGAUCAACCCAUGAAACAUUUGCUCAGAAGCUCUACCAGACUUUUAAAAAUCAUCAGCGCUUUAGCAAGCCCAAACUAGCUCGCUCUGACUUUACCAUUCGUCAUUAUGCUGGUGAUGUCACUUAUCAGACACAGUUAUUCUUAGACAAGAACAAAGAUUAUGUUGUUGCUGAGCAUCAAUCACUCCUGAGUGCUUCUAAGUGCCCCUUUGUUUCGGGUCUAUUUCCACCUCUCUCUGAUGACUCAUCUAAAUCUUCAAAAUUUUCAUCGAUAGGCUCAAGGUUUAAGCAACAACUGCACGCUCUGCUAGAAACUCUGAAUGCUACCGAGCCUCACUACAUCCGCUGUGUUAAACCUAAUAAUCUUCUUAAGCCGGCAAUUUUUGAGAAUAUUAAUGUUCUGCAGCAGCUACGAUGUGGGGGGGUGCUGGAGGCUAUUAGAAUAAGUUGUGCUGGAUAUCCAACACGACGUACAUUUGAUGAAUUUGUAGAUCGUUUUGGCAUUCUUGGACCAGAAGUUUUGGAUGGAAGUUGUGAUGAGAUCACUGCUACAAAGAGGUUGCUAGAGAAGGUGAAUCUUAAAGGCUAUCAGAUAGGGAAAACGAAAGUGUUCCUUCGAGCUGGUCAGAUGGCUGAAUUAGAUGCUCGGAGGAAUGCUGUUUUAGGACGAUCUGCCAGCAAAAUUCAAAGGAAAGUUCGUUCAUAUCUGGCUCGUAAAAGUUUCAUAUUAUUCCGCAAAGCAGCUAUACAGCUUCAGGCUGUAUGCAGAGGACAAAUUGGACGACAUCUUUAUGAAAACAUGCGUAGACAAGCUGCUUCAUUGAGAAUCCAGACAUAUUUUCGUAUGUAUCUUGCAAGGAAAGCAUACCAAGAACUGUCUUCUGCAUCAAUUGCCAUUCAGGGUGGUUUACGUGGGAUGGCUGCUCGCAAGGAACUUCAUUUCAGGCGGCAAACAAGAGCUGCAAUUAUUAUUCAGAGUCAUUGUCGCCGAUACUUGGCACAGUUACAUUAUUCAAGGAUAAAGAAGGCGGCAAUCACAACUCAAUGUGCUUGGAGAGGAAGACUUGCUAGAAGAGAACUCCGCAAGCUUAAGAUGGCUGCAAAAGAAACUGGUGCUCUACAAGCUGCCAAAAAUAAGUUAGAGAAACAAGUUGAGGAACUAACUUGGAGGCUACAACUGGAGAGACGCAUGAGGGCUGACAUGGAAGAAGCAAAAAUGCAAGAAAAUGCAAAAUUGCAAUUAGCCUUGCAGGAAAUGCAAGUGCAAUUCAAAGAGACUAAAGCCAUGUUGAUAAAGGAACAGGAAGCUGCCAAAAAAGCUGCUGAGAAACCUUCUGUCAUAAGAGAGGUUCCGGUUAUUGAUACAGCUCUUAUGGAUAAGCUUGCUGCUGAAAAUAAGAAAUUGAAGGCUUUGGUGAGUUCUCUUGAAACAAGGAUUCAAGAAACUGAGAAAAAGUAUGAAGAAACAAGGAGAAUUAGCGAGGAAAGACUGAAUAAAGCUAUGGAGGCAGGGUCAAAGAUAAUUGAACUAAACAAUUCAAUGCAAAGGCUUCAAGAGAAGCUGUCUAACAUGGAAUCUGAGAACCAAGUUCUACGUCAGCAGGGCUUGUUGAAUUCACCCGUAAAACAGAUAUCUGAACAUCUAUCAAUCCCUACAACACCAUCAAAACAUCACUUGGGUAACGGUCGUCAUGAUAUUGAAGAGCCUAAGGAACCUCAAAGUGCACCUCCAGCUGUUAAGGAUUAUGCCAACUCUGAUCCUAAGCUUAGGAGAUCUUAUAUUGAGAGACAGCAUGUAUAUACGCUGGAAUGUGUUGAUGUCCUUAUCAAUUGUGUAGUUCAAAAUAUUGGAUUUAGUCAAGGAAAGCCAGUGGCUGCGUUAACAAUAUACCAAUGUCUUCUUCAUUGGAAGUCCUUUGAAGCAGAAAAAACAAGUGUGUUUGACCGACUUAUUCAGGUGAUUGGUUCGGCAAUCGAGAGUAAUGAGAGAAAUGACCAUUUAGCCUACUGGCUAUCAAAUACAUCUACUUUGUUACACCUACUUCAAAGGAGUCUGAAAGCAGCUGGUGCUAUUCCACGUCGGAAACCAUCCCCUCCAACAUCAUUGUUUGGAAGGAUGACACAAGGAUUCCGGUCCUCUGCAAACCUUCCUGUUGAUGGACCAGACAUUGUACGCGAAGUUGAGGCCAAGUACCCUGCCCUGCUUUUCAAGCAGCAGCUCACAGCUUAUGUGGAGAAGAUAUAUGGAAUUAUUCGUGAUAAUGUGAAGAAAGAGUUGACUUCUGUGCUUUCUUUAUGUAUCCAGGCACCAAGAACAGCAAGAGCAAGUAUGCUGAGAGGGCGUUCAUUUGGGAAUUCAACUCAAACUAGCCACUGGCAGAGCAUCAUUGACAACCUUAAUAACCUUCUCAAGACACUACAAGAAAACUAUGUGCCUACAGUUCUGAUACAGAAACUCUUUACUCAGAUAUUCUCAUUCAUCAAUGUUCAACUCUUCAACAGUCUUCUCCUGCGCCGUGAAUGUUGCUCCUUUAGCAAUGGGGAAUAUGUGAAAUCUGGUUUGGCUGAAUUGGAGCUGUGGUGUGCACAGGCAAAACCAGAGUAUGCUGGGACAUCCUGGGAUGAACUUAAACACAUAAGACAAGCCGUGGGUUUCUUGGUGAUAUUUCAGAAGUAUAGGAUUUCAUAUGAUGAAAUUGUCAAUGACCUCUGCCCGGUCUUGAGCGUCCAACAGCUCUAUAGAAUUUGCACCCAGUAUUGGGAUGACAAAUAUAACACUCAAAGUGUAUCUUCAAGCGUCCUUUCAAGCAUGAGGAUAUUAAUGACAGAGGACUCCAAUAAUGCUGUUAGCAGUGCCUUUUUGCUGGAUGACAAUUCCAGCAUUCCCUUCUCAGUUGACGACGUAUCAAGUUCUCUACAAGAUAAGAUAUUUUCAGAUAUAAAACCACCAGAAGAGCUUCUCAAGAACCCAGCCUUCCAAUUUUUACAGGCAUGAGGAUACAGAAUUCAACCAUUCAUUUGGUCUAUUUCAUUUCUUGAUCUUCAUUUCCAAAGUAGAUGUUUGUGCUUCUGCGUUUUUUGUUGUAAAUCCACCCCAUUUCCAAUUUUUUUUUUCCCUCUUACACUCUCCUUGUUGGGCUGUGUAAUUAUUCUUUUUUGCUACUAGGUGUUCAUUAUUCCUUAUGAAUUAAUUGGCCAACUGGGUUGCGAUGAGUUUUCUCCCAUAGUGCAUUAUCAAAACCUUUUUCAUUACAUUUGGUCUUUUACCAGCAGGUGACGUUCUUUAUACGCAAGUGGAAGCAUUUAUAAAAUGUUGGGAGGGGAUGAUUCCAUAUCCUCCUCUUUAAUUGUAUAAAGCUUUGAUUUAGUGUAAAGCAUCAGGAUUAUCAAAA